CAGGAUUUUGGGGAAAAAGAAUACAUCGAAGUGGGCCGCCGUGGGACACAAACCGAUCACGUUCUCCUGGGUUAACGAAAUCGCUGGACGAGUAGGAUGGACCAGGCCUACGUCGAAAUGAAGAGGGCCAAGUUGCUGAAGAACGCCGAGCGCGGUCUUCUCCUGGCCCGGGCCAAGCUGCAGAACCGGCUCGUCGUCAUGGUCGACGACGAAGGGAAAACGGAGCUGACGUUCGACCAGGGCGUUCGACCGGAAAGCGACAACAGGAGGUGCAUUCGACUCAACACCGGCAACGAGCCAAACGCUAUCGGAUAUUCGACCCCGAUCUCAAAAGUGCUGGAAUUGCUCGAAGCCGGCCGGCCAAAGUUGGCCGCCGGCGAGCUCGAGGGGAUCUUCAGCGAUAUCCACACUCAGCUCAGCUCUUCGGCGACCAGUAUACAAUUUUUGAGAAUGGCCAAAAAAAAUUUGAACCUCCUCUGCGAACUGGAACAGAACUUUGCCGAACAGAAACAGACAGACGAUCGCAAGUUAUACGGCCUAGAAGACCCUCUCGUCUUCGAGAAGAUGAGCCAAUAAUAAAAUCACACUGAAUAAAAAUUUAUUCUUUUA